AUGAGCGACUAUCAGCACGAAGACACGGACGAUGUAAGGCCGCGGGAAAUCUCGAAUGACGUCGAAGUCGGACCUGCUCAUGCCGACCAGCAAACACCGACAGAGGGUACCGAGAAGCACAUAGAUGCAGAGCGAAACGGACACAAUAACGGCCAAGUCCAACUUGAAUCGGGACGAGGGACAUCGGCCGCCCGAGAGAAACCGUACUCUGUCUUCAGCACGAACGAGAAGAGGGUCAUUGUCCUCGCGGGAUCUCUGGCUGGGUUCUUCUCGCCACUGUCAAGUUCGAUAUACUUCCCUGCCUUGGACACGAUCGCAAAGGCUCUGAACGUGUCGGACUCGAACAUCAACCUCACCGUCACGACGUAUUUGAUCCUGCAGGGGUUGGCGCCCAUGAUGAUCGCCGGCUUCUCGGACAACAUGGGCAGACGACCUGCGUACAUGUUGUGCUUCACCAUCUACAUCUUCGCCAACCUCGGCCUGGGCUUGCAGAACAGCUAUGCCUCCCUUCUCGGCCUGCGGUGUCUGCAGAGCGCCGGGAGCAGCGGUACCAUUGCUCUGGCCAACGGACUGGUCGGGGACACGGUCACGUCGGAACAGCGCGGCGCGUACAUCGCCUUUGCGUCGCUCGGAGGUCUCCUCGGUCCGACGCUGAGUCCCAUCAUCGGCGGGUUGAUCAGUCAGAAUCUGGACUGGCACUGGCUGUUUUGGUUCCUGCUCAUCUUCUCGGGCGUGUUCGCGGUCCCGUUGUUCCUGUUCCUUCCAGAGACGUGUCGCAAGAUCGUCGGGGACGGGUCCAUUCCUCCGCCGCCGCUCAACAUGUCGUUGACGGACGUGAUCAGACACAGGCGCAGAGCAAAAAAGGGACGUGGGUUUGACGAGGCAGAACGGGGCGAAUUGAGGAAAAAUUACCGAUUUCGAUUUCCAAACCCCAUCGCGACCUUAUGGAUCUUGUUUGAUCCCGCGUCGCUGGUCAUUCUGGUAACAACGGGGCUGAACAUUGCUUGCUUCUAUGCGAUAUCGACGGGAGCGUCGUCCGCAUUCAGGAACGAAUACGGGCUCAACGACAUCGAGAUUGGACUGGUGUUUAUCCCCAUCGGUGUCGGCGGGCUCCUGUCCGCGCUCACGACGGGCAAGUUGAUCGACUGGAAUUACCAACGGCAUGCUCGUCGGCUGGGCAUCACCGUGGUCAAAGGGGUCCGACAAGACCUGACGGAUUUCCCCAUUGAAAAGGCACGGAUCCAGGUGGCUCUGCCCCUUCUCCUUCUCAACGGAGUGUUUGUGAUCGCGUACGGGUGGACAGUGGACCACAAGGUCAGUUUGGCAGGCCCGAUUAUCUUUUUGUUCAUAUUGGGUUAUUGUUCGAUUGCUUCAUACCAGGCCAUGAACGUCCUGAUGACGGAUAUCUGGCCCGGGCAAGCAGCGGCCGCCACAGCGGCGAACAACUUUAUUCGAUGCGAGCUUGGAGCGGCGGCAUCGGCAGCGAUCAGUCCGAUGAGCAAGGCCUUUGGGCAAGGGUGGGCGUACACGUUUUGGGCGCUGGUUUACAUGGCCUUUGCCCCGGCGUUGCUCAUUAUCAGUCGACGCGGGAUCCAAAUGCGGAAGGCGAAGAAGGCCAGAGGAGAUAAGAAACUGGCUCAGAGAAAGGAGAUAAAGGACCGGAACGGGUAG